AUGGAGGACCGUCUCUAUUUCAUCUUUUUGUUUCUUCUGCUGGGACCGUUUACAGAUGUUUCAGCCAUCGUUGAUUUCACCUGUAUCACCAAGCCUCGUAUUGAUAUCGGCAGUGAAGACACCUACAUCGCUGCCUAUCUACAUGGCGGUAAUGCUGCGCUGUCCUUCGCUCGAACAAUAAACACGUACACAAGCGUCGAUGAAAACGAACCAUUAGGGCUACCUUCAGACCACUUUUUGAAAACGUAUUCGUCAUCUACGGGAGGUAAGAUCUCUAGUCUUCGAUUGCCAGCGGCUGGAGGGAAGACUAGGAUUGGAGCCUUUGCCUGUAGAGCCAGGAUGAUGGGAGGGGAUGACAUCAGCAUUGGUACGGUCAUCAUGAGCAAAACCGCUGACUUUCUUCCUACCCGAGUGAGUCAGACGGUAAACCUCGGGGAUUUAGUUAAUCUGACUGUCACUGCAACAGACCAAGCCCGUAACGAAACCCGCUGGAGAAAGGAUGGCAAGGGUAUCAUCAACAAAAGAAACGGCAAACUGCACUUUGAUUUUAUCAACACUGUUUCCGACAGCUGGAUCUAUGAGGCUCAUUUUGCCGGGGAACGUAAAAAAGGAGAGCAGGCACUCAUGCGGUUGAUUGUCAGAGGAUGCAAAGAGAAUAAAUGGAAUUUGACCACCUGUGAAAGUGCAUGCCCACUCUGUUUCAAUGGCGGUAUUUGUGACGACCGGAGUGGAGACUGCAUUUGCCCGCCUGGAUUUAGUGGCGAUAUCUGCGAAACUCCUGAAGGCCCUAACCGUUUUGGUCAAUCGGGAAGUUUUGGCUGCGACUCAGCUGAGUUAGGAGGCGGUCCUACGUGUGCAGGGAUGCUGUUCUGUUUACCAGAUCCUUAUGGCUGCUCGUGCGCUGCAGGGUACCAAGGAAUCGAUUGCGAUGAAACAUGUGCUGAAGGUUUUUAUGGAGCAAACUGUGAACAGAGGUGUCAUUGUGCUGACGGGGUUUCGUGCAACGCAACAACUGGCGAGUGUCGUGGAAACUGCGCGCCAGGAUACACAGGAAUCAACUGUCAAGUCAAGUUGACCUUUGACGAUUUCACCUGUGUCACCAAGCCCCGUAUUGAUAUCGGCAGUGACGAGACCUACAUCGCAGCCUAUCUACAUAGCGGUCAUGCUGAGCUGUCCUUCGCUCGAACAACUUACACGUACACAAGCGUCGAUAACAUAAACGACCAGUUAGGGCUACCUUCAGGCCACCGUUAUGAACCAACCUCGUCAUCAGAGGGAGAUGAGAUCUCUAUUCUUCGAUUGCCGGCGGCUGGAGGGAAGACUAGGAUUGGAGCCUUUGCCUGUAAUGCUAUGAUAGCAGGAAGUGGAAACGUCCUCAUUGGUACCGUCAUCAUGAGCAAAACAGCUGACUUCAUCCCUACCCGACUGGGUCAGAUGGUAUACCCGGGCGGUGUUGGCAAUCUGACUGUCACUGCGACAAACCAAGCCCGCACCGACACUCGAUGGAAAAAGGAUGGCGGUGGAGUCUUCCAGGACAAACUCGGAAAGCUUUACUUUGAUUUCAUCAAUGCCAAUGAUGACACUGGUGGGAUCUAUGAGGUCCACUUUGGCGGGGAACGUAACAAUGGAAACCAGGCACUCAUGCGGUUGAUUGUCAGAGGAUGCAAAAGGAAUAAAUGGAACCCGCCAUUGUGCCAUGCAGAUUGUCCAGUCUGUUUCAAUGGCGGUGUGUGUGACGAUCGGAGUGGAGACUGCAUUUGCCCACCUGGAUUUAGUGGCGAUUUCUGCGGAAUACCUGAAGGCCCGAACCGUUUUGGGCAAUCAGGCAGUUUUCGCUGCGACUCACCUGAGUUAGGAGGCGGUACUACGUGCGAAGGGAUGUUAUUCUGUUUACCAGAUCCGUAUGGCUGCUCGUGUGCUGCAGGGUACCAGGGAAUCGACUGCGAUGAAACUUGUGCUGAUGGUGUUUACGGAGCAGACUGUGCACAGACAUGUCACUGCAUGAACGGAGUGGCGUGCGACAGAACUACGGGCGAGUGUCCCGGGGACUGCGCCCUAGGAUUCAUAGGCAUCAACUGCCAAGUUUGUGACGAUGACACAUACGGACAAGACUGUCGCCUUUGUCACUGUAUGGACGGGGUCGCGUGCGACAGAACUACGGGCGAGUGCUUCGGAGACUGCGCGCCAGGAUUCACAGGGCUGAACUGCCAAGAAAAUUGUCUUCCGUAUAAUGGAAUAGCAUCGUGCGGUACAACCUGCACAGAAUUCUUGGACCCUGCUACGAAGUCCCUGGCACCAGGUGGCGUUCAAUCCUUCAGUUUAUUCCAAAAUGAUUCGAUAAGGACGUUCCGUUGGCGUCCUGUGAAUUGUCCAAAUGGCAACAUCAUUGUGAAUUACGCAUACAAGUUCGGGACAGUCGAGGUACCUGAUACCGUAGGUGGACUAACAGACAAGGGAACCAGUCACAACACCUUAAGUCUGUCGUGGGGAGCACCGGGAACCAGCCAAAAACACCCCUGUCCUGCAUCUGACUACCUGGUGACCUUUGACCUCAUAAACCUGGAGCAGUGUCUUGAAGUUCAUCAAUACGGCGGUUCAGUGAAUACGACUGACACAAGCGUUACUCUACAAGGACUGAAGGCGUACUCUACUUACAACAUGUCUGUCACCCCGCGAAACGAAGCCGGCAACGGUACAACAUCAUUCCUUCAAGUAACAACUGGGGAAACCUAUCCUCUGGUUCCACUUGCAUUCAUCAGCAGUUCAGCAACAACUGAUAGCAUCACGUGGACAUGGAGCCCCAUUCCUUGCGGGAGCAGAGGUGGCAACAUUAUUGGCUACAGGACACGUUUGACUGGAAGGCCCGUUGGGAUAGUUAAAGAAGACGUCUCAACCACGUCAGUGAAACACACAGGAUUAAGACCCUGUACAAAUUACAUUCUAAGUGUAAGGGCAUACACCAGUGUGGGGUACACCACAGGACGUCCAAAUCAGUCUACUCAAACACAAAGGACGGGCACUGUCGUUCCAGACUAUGUAUCAGUUAUAUCCGUCCGCGCCACUUCACGUGAACGAAACGAAUUUGACGUUCAUUGGACUUCCUCCGAAGGACCCUGCCCUGCGACAUCUUACAGUGUAACAUAUGAGCUCAUCACGAUGGACCAAUGCACCAAGCAGAAUCCACCAAUCAUAACAGAUGUAGGAACGGUCGACACCACUCACGCUACUCUCCACCUACCUGCGUAUUACUCAAAGUACAGAGUAAAUGUCGCGCCAAUCAAUGAAGCUGGACAUGGUGAAGGCAAUUUCAAAGAUAUAGUAACUAACGAAAACGUACCAUCUGCAUCACCGGUAAUCCGAGGUACUGCAACCAAUGACAGCGUCACGUUCUCCUGGGAUCCCAUCCCUUGUGGCAGUAGACGUGGCAACAUCACGCACUACGAGUACAGAUUCACAGGGCCAAGACCACAAGAAGAAGGAAAAACCAACGAGAAGAGUAACACCUCCAAGCUGUCGGUCACCUUCCGUGAUUUAUCACCAUGUACCACUUACUCAAUCAGAGUUCGAGCAUUUACUCGCAUAGGAGCAGGUCUGUGGGCAAACUGGACACACCAAGAUACAGUCGUAAUAGAUGAAAUCCAAUCCUUUAACCUCGAUCCCUCAACCAAUGAAAUCAGGACCUCUUGGACAACUGCUGGGAACGAGGACAACCCUUGCUCUGUGACCUCGUAUCGCGUUAGUUACCAACUUCUCAAUUUGGAACAGUGCCAACCACGGACCGAUCUUGCCGUUAUAAAUAAGACAGUUGUAAAUGGCAGUGACAUCGAAUUCACAUCAAUGCAUGCUUACUCUACGUACAACGUGCAAGUCGUACCAGCAAAUAAUGCUGGCGCGAAAUACAGGAAGAGCAAGACAGUUACGACCGACGAGGGAGUGCCAUUGGCUGCUCCGGUAGUCGACACAAUGCUCCCAUCCAAUCAGAGCGUUCGAGUGUCUUGGCAUCCCCUUCCCUGCGGCAAACGAGGCGGUAACAUCACAGGCUACACGUACGAGCUGCGUGACGCAUCUGGGUUCAUGGUAAAAACAGCCGACACCACGGCAGAGUCUGUUGAAGUCGAUGGUCUGUCACAGGGGGCGUCCUACUCCUUCAGGCUGUGGGCGUUCACGCGUGUAGGACCAGGACCCUGGAAGGAAGGAGAUUUUGAGAUUCCCAAAGACGAUGCUGCUCCGCCUACUCCGCCUGGGAGUAGUCCUGUGGGCUCAUUUUUGGGCGUGGUCGUCUUCAUCUUGGUAGUUGCGGUUCUUGCUCUCCUGAUAGCUGUCUUAGUCAAGUAAGUUACCAGGACCAAGGCACUGGGCAAGGACAACACUGGCGAUGGUGUCCAGGAUACUUAUGGGAAAGGAGACAAAGGUGGAGUUGAGUUGAGGAAUCUGCCAUCUACGUCUGGUUACAAGCCAUACGCUACAAAGGGUCAUGAACCAGUGGCGUCAUCUUCUAAUCCACCAAAGUCAACCGAUCAAGUAGCUGUUGAUAUCUCGCCAAAAGUGGGACCAUCCACAACAUCAACUGAUUCAGCAUCAGCAUCUGGUCCAUCCACAUCCACUAAGGCUCCCGUGAAGUCCAAACCGUACGUCAAUCCUGCCACCAAGUCCAAUCUGAAGGCUUCGGCAAAGACAUCCCCGAGUUUCUCCCAAGCCGGCCCAGUUGCCAUGGCUCACCUGGCUGAAUACAUCAAAAGUAGAACAGCUGGGAAGAUCAAUGGAUUCCAACAAGACUAUGAAUCGAUUCCAAGUGUAUCUAUCCACCCUUGGAAUGUUGCCAAACUGGACCAUAACAAGAAGAAUAAUAGAUACAAUAACAUCUUGGCAUAUGACCAUUCUCGCGUGGUCUUGGAGUGUCUUGAAGAUAACCCACGAUCAGAUUACAUCAAUGCCUCCUACAUCAAUGGCUACAAGCAUGACUCAAAGUAUAUUGCCAGCCAGGGUCCUACCAAGGCUUCAGUGCGGGACAUGUGGCGCAUGGUGUGGCAGGAACGAGUAGGAAAGAUCGUCAUGCUGACGAACCUGAUCGAAAAUGGCAAGGGGAAAUGCGAGCAAUACUGGCCAGCGAGUGAGGGCAGCGCAAACUACGGUGAUCUGUUCGUCCGUCACGUGGACGAAACAAAACACGCAAAUUUCAUUGAAAGAAUUUUGCACUUGUCGAAGAGCACUGAGCCUGAGGGUGAAUACCGUGAGUUAACCCAGUUCCACUACACCACCUGGCCAGACAUGAAACCACCAGAGUCAUUUCCGCUACUUCAGUUUGUAAGAAGGGUCCGAGCAACAGACGCUUCACAACAAGGACCCAUCGUUGUCCACUGCAGUGCUGGAGUUGGCCGCACAGGAAUUUUCAUUACUUUGGACUCCAUGCUUGAGAUGGCGGAGGCAGAGGGCCAAGUCGAUGUCUUGAAGUUUGUACGCGAUAUGAGGGAUCAGCGCUUCCUUAUGGUGCAAACUCUGGAUCAAUACAAGUUCAUCUUCGAUGCUCUGUUGGAGUCGAGUCUGUUAGAGAACACGGCCAUCAGCGCUGAUUGCUUCCAUCAGAGCUACGCUAAACUCAAGAAACGGGACAAGAAGACAGGGACUACUGGCAUUGAGGCGCAGUUCCAGAUGUUGGAGUCAUUCACUGCCUCACCGAGCGAGGAGCAGUGUAUGGGAGGGAGAAGCGCCGCCAACGUUGAUAAGAACAGAUUCAAAGAAUGCAUUCCAAAAGACAGCACCCGACCGUAUCUGAUGACAAAAGGUGACGAAAGAAGUACCAACUACAUCAAUGCUACAUUCCUGGAUGGUUAUAACAGCAAGCAUGCCUACCUAGCUACCCAGGCACCUCUGCCUAACACACGGGGUGACAUGUGGAGGAUGGUGUUUGACUACAAAGCAUCUUGCAUUGUAGUGCUCAAUUCCAUGGACAAUGACCCGAGCGUUGUCCAGUAUUGGCCAGAGAAGGACAGUUUGGAGUUCGGACCACUGACCGUUACACUGACGAAUGAGGACCGAUAUUGCGAGGACAUUAUCAUACGGCAGUUUGAUGUUAGCUAUCCCGCUAGGAAGAAUGACGAGGUUCAGAGCGUCUGUCAGAUCCAAUACCUGGGAUGGCCCCCUGGGAAAGAGGUCCCAAGAUCUCCGUCUAGUCUCCUCAAGGUGCUGGAGGCUGUUAAGAUGUGGACGACUGACCACCCUGAUGGACCCAUCGCUGUCCACUGCAUUGACGGUGUUGGAUGCAGCGGAACAUUCUGCGCCAUACUCACACUCCUGGACCAACUCGCAGUGGAGAAAGACGUAGACGUCUUCCAAGCCAUUAAGAAACUCCGCACCACCCGGGCUGGGAUGGUCAAAACUUUGGCUCAGUACCAACUGUGCUACCAGGUGAUCCAAACCUACUUGGAUUCCGGCUCAAUCUACGAGAACUAUUGAUGAACCAGUGUGGAACAACUUAUUAGACAUCAUAAAUGUCAGAUUUGCAUGUCCAUUAAUUUGUAACUGAUACCUAAAGUUUUUGUAACGUCAGAGAGGAUUUUUAAAAGGUAGGUUUCGCUUCUACCUCGGUAUGAAAUCUAGUUUCAAUUCUAGCUCAGCAAUUUAUGUUCGUCUUGGGGCCCAGGCUACUAGCCUUUUUGUUCCUAUCUCGCUGACUGACUUUCUGACUGACUGACAAGACUGUUUGCGGUACGGAGCGCGGGGCAGUGUUAUCGUUUAGGAUUACCCCGCACUGAUGUGCUAAAUCUGGGUCAUUGUGUAGACCAGGGCCCAAUUUCACG